AUGUCAGAGGAGAGCCGUCUCAAGGACUUCCAAGAGGCCAACAAGAUCGUAUUUGAUCCCAGCACGCGAUCAGUCUGGGAGACACAAGAGAAGGGGCCAAACGCGGGGCUCUCAAAGACAGAGGAUGAGGAUUCACAAAACGCGACAACCUCUGGGAUUGUGCCUACGCUUCAAAAUAUAGUGGCCACCGUCAAUUUGGACUGCCGGCUUGAUCUUAAAACCGUGGCGCUGCACGCGAGAAAUGCGGAGUAUAACCCCAAGCGUUUCGCAGCUGUAAUUAUGCGUAUCAGAGAACCCAAAACUACAGCUCUGAUCUUCGCGUCAGGCAAGAUGGUCGUGAUCGGUGCCAAGUCGGAGGACGACUCGAAACUAGCGAGUCGUAAGUACGCCAGAAUUAUACAAAAAAUUGGGUUCAGUGCCAAGUUCACGGACUUCAAAAUCCAGAAUAUUGUGGGAUCGUGUGAUGUCAAAUUUCCUAUUAGACUUGAGGGCCUGGCGUUCUCGCACGGAACUUUCUCGUCUUACGAACCUGAGUUGUUUCCGGGGUUGAUUUACAGAAUGGUUAAGCCAAAAAUUGUGUUGCUGAUUUUCGUUUCGGGAAAAAUUGUGCUCACAGGUGCCAAGCAGAGAGAAGAGAUUUACCAGGCGUUCGAGGCCAUUUAUCCUGUGUUGAGCGAGUUCAGGAAGCUUUAG